CUCAGUCUUCUCCAAAAAUGACUUGAGAUCUGGGCAUUACGAAUUUCUUGUCAUGCCGUUUGGACUCACAAAUGCUCCAUCAGUAUUCAUGGCUCUCAUGAACAAAGUUUUCCAUGAAUACAUUGACAAAUUCGUCAUAGUAUUCAUCGACGACAUCCUCAUUUAUUCAAAGAGGGAGGAAGAACAUGCAGAGCAUUUGAGACUGGUAUUACACACUCUACGGGAGGAGAAGUUGUAUGCCAAGUUCUCAAAAUGUGAAUUUUGGAUCCAAGAAGUUCUAUUCUUGGGACACGUGGUGUCUGGACGAGGAGUAGAAGUCGACCCCAAGAAGAUUGAAGCGGUAGUAAACUGGUCUCCACCCAAAGACGUACCAUAGUGGCGUAGCUUUCUGGGAUUGGCAGGCUACUAUCGCCUAUUUGUGGAAGGGUUCUCCAAAAUAGCCUCACCACUGACAAAGUUGUUGAGGAAAGAAACCCGAUAUGUCUGUUCGGAAGAAUGGCAGAAGAGUUUCGAAGAACUUAAACGAAAACUUACUCCUGCCCCUAUACUGACAUUGCCAGUAGAAGGAGGGGAGUAUGUCGUUUAUAGUGAUGCUUCGUAUCAAGGCUUGGGUUGCGUUAUGAUGCAAAAUGGGAAAGUAAUUGCUUAUGCCUCGAGACAAUUAAGGCCACAUCACACAUGAAGUGAACUACCCAACUCAUGAUAUGAAAUUAGCAGUUGUGGUGUUUGCGUUGAAAUUAUGGAGGCGUUAUCUUUAUGGUGAGACCUUCAAAAUUAUGACCGACCACAAAAGUCUGAAAUACCUCAUGGAUCAAAAAGAGCUUAAUGGUAGACAAAGGCAAUGGGUAGAGUUACUCAAAGACUACGACUGCACCAUCGAUUACCAUCCUGGUAAGGCGAAUGUUGUUGCUGAUGCUUUGAGUCGAAGAGAAAGAUUGCCAACUCUGGUGGAGAUGAGGGCCAUGGGUGUGGAGAUGCAAGUUGAAGAUAUCACCACCCUGGUUGCACAUCUAAGUAUUUGAUCGAUGUUGCACGAUCGAAUCAUGAUGGGGCAAUUAGAAGACCCAGAGUGCAUAAAAGCACGAGAGAAUAUUGAAAUAGGCAAUGGAAACGGGUAUGUGUUGGAAGAUGACAUACUCAAGAUGAAUGGACGAAUGUGGGUACCCGAAGUGAGAGAAUUAAAAAGAGACAUCUUGGAGGAAGCACACUCCUCUCUUUAUGGCAUGCACCCGGGGAUGACAAAAAUGUAUAAUACCAUCAAACCACACUUUUGGUGGCAAGGAAUGAAACGAGAAGUUGCGGAGUAUGUUCAAUCAUGUCUUAUAUGCCAAAAUACAAAGGCUGAACAUCGUGUCCUGGCUGGACCCUGCGGUGAAUAGGCGGUGUUUUACUACGUGCUAUGUGUUUAAUAUUGAAACAUAGCUGAGGAUUUAACAAAGAUAAAAUGAAGAAUGUCGUUAUUAUGAUUUUGGUACUCGAGUUGAAUUGGAUGAUUCAUAAUCGAGUAUUUGGAAUUUACGACUUUGUAAUUGAUCCCUAAGAAUUGUGAAAUUCUGUGAGACUACGUUGUUACUAUUUUAAUAAUUCAUGACGUGAUAUCAUGCCAUGAGUUAUAUGAAAUUCAGCCUACGAUAUAAUAAUUCUCCUAAUAAGACUAUAUGGGAUAAUCAUUAAACAACGAACGAAUUCGUAAUAAUUUGAAUAAUGGACAGCUACCAUGGGAGAAUUCUGUCUAGGCUAGUGGUUUUUAAUCGAGACCUUCGUCGUACUCGUCCACUAACCUGGGAAUUCACUCGGUAAACUCUUUUGGGAAUACGGUUGUAAGAAGUGUACUACGUGUAGUGGCACUCAUUCCUCUUCUCGAAGUUUUUACCACGCGGGUCCGCCAUUCGAAUUACUCGGUGAUUAUCACCGAUUAAAUGGUUAACGAACCAUGUACAAGGAUUUGAAAUGUCCAUCUUAUACGUUGAAUGUACGAUAAUGAUAAUGUUUGCGAAUGAAUUUCUACUUGAUAAUUUGAUGGAUGAUAUGAUAAUUUUGUCGUAUGCAGGAGAUUUACAAAUUAGCGUUUUCAUAGACUUGGUAAUUACACCAAGAUUGAUUAAGAUGGAUGAUUAAUAUAUUUAGAUUAUGAUGAUUUUAUAUGAUGUUCAUAUUAAUCACAUAGACUUAGAAAUGGCCUGCAUUUACCCCCAACCAUUUGAUAUCAUUACUGACGAUCAUUAGGAUCGAUGAGGCCAGUGGCCAGAGAGAUAUGAUUGUGGUUUCUGAUAUAACCACUGAGAUGAUGAGGUUCGAGUAGGGGUGGAUGUAUGGUGACCUUGGCGCCCAAAUUAAUAAAAUGGAAAUGCAUUGCACUUGCAUAUUGUUUGGAUAUUGGAUGCUAGGUUGAGACUUCAACCUAGAUGCCAUGAUUAGGUGGUUAAUCGAUUGAUGUGGAAAACGUAUCCAUAGAAUUCACCGUGUAGGAGGGAACAACGCCCCACCUCUGCUAAAUUAUUUAGCUGACCCCCUUCCCUUUUGUGUUCAGAUCCGCAUUAGAGGAACUGAACUUGGACGUCAGAGCUGUGCAACUUCUACUCCAUCAUGAGGUAGCAGACGAUUGGUCGGAGGAGAGUUUUUACCUAUGUUUUGUAUUUUAAAACACGUAUCAUAAACAUGUAUUAUGUUGGGUUUGAUUGCAUUGAACUUGUUCGAUUGAGUUAUUUUGAUUUAUGGAUUGUACCAAAGUAUGUAAGAUGAACAUUUGAGUUUCAACGAGCAAGUGUUUGGAUUUGAUGUCAUGAAUUGGAUGUUGUAUGUUUAAUAAACGAGAUUGAAUAUUAAUAAAUGUGUUAGAUUUGA